UUUUGAUUUUCUCACAAUUAAAUAACCGCCAGUAACCGUAGUGGUUAGACUCGUCCAAGAUGUCGCAAGAUCAAUCGUUACCUUUUAUAUACACGUUCGCCGCAGGCGCCGUCGCCGGCAUCUCGGAGAUCUUAACAAUGUAUCCUCUAGAUGUUGUGAAGACUCGAGUACAACUUCAAACCGGAAAGGCGACCGGCGCGGAUGCUUACACAGGCAUGCUGGAUUGUUUCCAGAAGAUCGUUCGCAAUGAAGGGUUUUCGAGACUCUACAGAGGUAUCACCGCUCCCAUCUUGAUGGAGGCGCCGAAGCGUGCUACCAAGUUUGCCGCCAACGACGAAUGGGGCAAAUUCUACCGCAAGGCAUUUGGCGCUGAGAAGAUGAACCAAUCGCUCUCGAUUCUAACCGGCGCGUCUGCCGGAGCUACCGAGUCUUUUGUCGUCGUUCCGUUCGAGUUGGUCAAGAUCAGAUUACAAGACAAGGCUUCAGCAGGCAAAUAUUCUGGUAUGAUUGACGUCGUAGCGAAGACAAUUAAGAACGAGGGUCUUCUAGCCAUGUACAACGGCCUAGAGAGCACUAUGUGGCGCCACGUACUAUGGAACGCCGGUUACUUCGGCUGCAUUUUCCAAGUCAAGGAGCUCCUCCCCAAGGCCGACACCAAGAAAGGCGAGAUCAUCAACGGCUUAAUAUCCGGUUCUGUGGGUGGCACAGUCGGAACAAUACUAAACACACCAAUGGACGUUGUCAAGUCGCGUAUCCAGAACAGCCCGAAGGUUGCCGGCCAAAUUCCCAAGUACAACUGGGCUUGGGGUGCCUGUGCGACUGUGAUGAAGGAGGAAGGAUUCGGCGCCUUAUACAAGGGUUUUUUACCUAAAGUCCUAAGACUUGGUCCCGGUGGAGGUAUUCUGCUAGUCGUUUUUACAAGUGUCAUGGAUUUCUUCCGCUCCAUGAAAACACAAUAGAGAAUAAACAUAAAAUGGCUUCAACGCCUCACGGAGUUUUCGGACAUUAAGUCUCAUUUGCUAUUAAGCAGUUUGCAUAUUAGCCGCGAUGUCUCCAUAGAAGAUAGAUACCUCUAAACAAGCUUUACACGCAGUCCCCUUAUUUAAUGAUUUGGAAAUUUGAUAUUUGACGUAAAACGCCUGCACUGAUAUCAACUAUUUAGUGACUUAAUCGAAGUUUUAAGAUGAAUUCCUCUCCAAAUAAGCACAGCAGCCAACACCUACUUUAGGUAGAUGUUUUAACACUUUAAGACGCAUGUUCCAAUCCUCUUA